AUGGCAUGGUCGAACCCUUUUCGCAGAAAAGAUGAGAACACAAGGACUCUGUGGGGUUACACAUUCCAGCUUACAGAAGACCAUCUGAGCGAAGAGGAGUCUCGUCCCCUCAAGUACUCAUACGACAAGCUCGGUGAAGAAUGUCUCAAUAUUCUGAAUGAACUGGAUUCAGCAACAAAGUCUGAGAAUGUGUCUACGAAGACGGAAGUGCAAGACCCACUGAAGCCACGGCGAACGAAGCCCAAACGUGAUCUGUAUAACUUGCUCGAGAGUCAUGUCCAGGAUCACCCAAAGCUGCAAGAACUAUGGACGCAAUUGAAUACUAUACCAGAAUGGGUAGACUGGGAUCAGAUAUCACGAGGGCAAGAGGUCUUUUAUCGAUAUGGAGGUGCCACGCUUACGGGUCUCGCAUACCAGUCCCUCCUUGGAGGCAUGGCGGCAAACCGGGUCGUUGAAGUCCUAGCUCGCACAGGCGGCUUCGAUGUAAAAGUCGCACGCCAUCGUCUCUUCGAAACCACUCAACAUGUGUUGGAAUGCACCAAGUCCCUGGACUCGAUCCAGCCAGGCGGUGCAGGCUUUGCUUCCUCCAUCCGAGUCAGGUUACUGCAUGCGGCAGUCAGGCAGCGGAUCCUGAAGCUCGAGCAAAGCAGACCAGGAUAUUACAACGUCGAUGAAUUUGGCGUCCCCAUCAACGAUCACGAUUGCAUAGCUACGAUCGGCACAUUCAGCGCGACUAUCGUCUGGUUGAGCUUACCGCGUCAAGGACUUUUCCUUCGAAGGCAGGAGAUAGAAGACUACAUUGCAUUGUGGAGACUGAUAGCACACUAUACGGGGACCCCUACAGACCCCUUUAAGACCCCAGAGAAAGCAAAAGCAACCAUGGAAAGCAUAGUAAUGCGAGAGAUCGAUCCAAGCGAGACAUCCAAGAUCUUGGCUGGGAACAUCAUCAAGUGUCUAGAAGCCCAACCACCAGCCUAUGUUUCAAGAUCUUUUCUCGAAGUUAACGCCAGAUGGUUGAAUGGAAAUGAAUUAUGCGACGCUCUUGGCCUCGGGCAACCAUCAAUUUACUAUUGGGCGCUGAUGGGUGGCCAAUGUCUUUUCUUUAUGGCCCUCUGCUAUAUCUACCGCUCGUUCAGAUCGCUCGAUCAAAGAAAAAUCACCGCCCUCCGCAAGCUCUUCUGGACCGUCAUCGUUGAAGGCAAAUACGGGCUCGGCGAAAUAACCGUCUUUGACUUCAAAUACGUACCUGAUUUCCACGUCACGACUGAAGCUGGAGGCGAUGAAAAGGGUCAAGCCGGGGUCAGGGAAGAUGGUGUUGAGAGGAGAAACCUGCAAGCUCUACUCGUUGGUAUUGCUUGUGGUGGUGCGGGUGUCUACUGCAGCAUUAUGGUCGCUUCGAGUAUUCUGAAGCGGCUGCCGAGUUUUUGGUCUUGGUCGUGA